AUUCACUUUCAUUUUGGCAAAGACAGCGUUUUCUUUCUGUGAUCUUUCCCUGUUUUCGUAUUCAAUUCAGUUUUGGGAGAUUUUGUUGAUCGUCGUCGUCGUCGUCCAUGGAGAGGAUGAAGGAGGUCAAGGAUCCGGAGAUCACCUUGUUUGGUAGGAAGAUUGUUUUGCCGGAGAGCGGCGGAGGUGAAUCCUCCGACAAUUCGUCGAACGAGAGCAACUGUGGGAGCGGCGGCGGCGCUGAGUGCGAUCGCUGUUUGGAAGUGAGUGGAGACGGGGAAGAAGAAGAGGUGGAUGAAGAAAAGCAUUUGCUGGUUGAGAAGGUCAAAUUGGCAGAACUCUGUGAUAAGGACCAAAAGGUAACCACAGCAUCUAACUGCAACGAGAAUCUAUCAAGUUUGGAUGAGAAUACCAAAGAUUCCUCAAUGGAAGAGGCAGACAUGUCAGAGAAUCAAACCAAGUCUCAAGAAGAUCAAAGUGAUGGAAAAAAGGGGCAACAGAAGAGCCUAAAGAAACCAGACAAAGUCCUCCCCUGUCCUCGUUGCAACAGCAUGGAAACCAAGUUCUGUUACUACAACAACUACAACGUCAAUCAGCCUCGACACUUUUGCAAGAGCUGCCAGAGGUACUGGACAGCCGGAGGCACGAUGAGGAACGUCCCGGUGGGGGCAGGUCGUCGCAAAAACAAGAACUCAGCAUCCCAUUGCCGGCACAUUACAAUCACCGAAGCUCUCCAGGCAACUCGAAUCGACAAUCCCGGCGUCAUGUCCUUUGGGGCCAAUCCACUUCUAUGUGAUUCCAUGACAACGGGUUUCGGUCUUGCAGACGAAAGAGUAGCAAACACCUUCAGAUCUACCCAUUACGAGCCUGAUCAUGUAGAUGCUGCCGGUUCCUACAAGAAUGGCGAAGAUUGUUCGAUCGAAUCAUCAACCUUAACAACCAAUUCGACUGCAGAAGGAGGGCCUCAACAAAUUCCAUGGCCCUUCCCAUGGAAUCCUGUGGUAACUCUACCUGCCAUUUACCCGAUGCCCUUCUACCCGACACCCUAUUGGAACUGCAAUCUUCCUAAUGCCUGGAACUUGCCGUGGCCAUCAAUGUCAAAUCAGAAAUCCGGCCCCAGCUCCCCACUCGGUAAACACACCAGAAAUGGAGAGUUGCUGACCGAAUCAAAGGAUCAAGAAAAUGUCGUACUGGUCCCGAAAACUUUGAGGAUUGAUGAUCCGGAGGAAGCUGCAAAGAGUUCGAUAUGGGAAACACUUGGGAUCGAGUACAGUUCCACCACCCGGGAGGGUCUUUUCAAGGCCCUGCAACCCAAGGGGGGUGAGAAAAAAGUUUCAGUGUCUCCCUCACCGUUAUUGCAGGCUAAUCCGGCUGCACUUUCUCGAUCCAUUACCUUCCAUGAGGGAGCUGCCUAAGGCUGUUCUUCUCACAAGAUGUUGACACAGAGUUUACUGAUCGUUUUUUGCAAUUAUCAUCGAUCAUCAGAAGAAACAACAUUUAUCUUAUUUGAUCUACUGGUGACAAUUUAGGCAAUUCGAUUGUUUCUGUUGUCGGGGAGUUUGUAUUUUUAAGUGCAUAGUUUUGUGUAGGAAGAGAUACUGACAGAUGAGAAGAAUGUAGAAUAAAAGCAAUGUAGAUUCUCACUUGUACAAAACUUAGCUGUUUUUUGUUGAUGUCCUAGGUUGUCUUUUGUUUGGUAAGGAGUUUCUUUCUACUUGAUACUCA